AUGGACCAUCCAUCCCCCAUCAUGUCGCGCGUUCACUCAGAGGGUGGCCACAACCCCAUCCCCUUCUCCAGGCCCGUCACACCCACGAUGAGCACUGCUCAGUAUGCGUUCGUCGGUCUCGGUGAGAUGGGCAAGCGCAUGGCUACCAACCUCGCCAAGUCGCUCCUCAAGGAGAACCAUCCCCCUCUCAUUGUCUACAACCGCUCGUCGGACGGCUUGGACGCCUUCAUCAAGUGGGCCGAGGAGAAGGGUCUCCCCGAGCGUGCCUACCGCGUCAUGACCGACCUCAAGGCGAUUGCUGCUACUGCUAACAUGGUCGUCACUUCGCUUAGCGGCGACGACGCUGUCAAGGAGGUCUAUGCUACCCUCUUUGCUGGCCAGGAGUCCGCCCUUCACGAGCCCCCAGCAGACGGCAAGCGUCGCAACACCAUCUUUGUCGACACGAGCACCGUCUACCCCACAACCGCCGGAGCCCUCGAGCGCCAGGCCGCCUCCAAGCCCCAGCGUGUCUUCCUUGCGUGCCCCGUCUUUGGUGUGCCCCGCGCCGCUGAAAAGGCCGAGCUCAUCCUCGCCAUGUCGGGCGACUACUUUGCCAAGAAGGUUGCCGCCCACGCUCUGUGCCCUGCCAUCGGCAAGAAGGUCAUGGAUCUCGGCAGCAACCCCGAGCGUGCCCUUUCCUUCAAGCUCGUCGGCAACUCGCUCGAGCUCGGCUUCAUCGAGCUCCUCGCCGAGUGCUUCACCCUCGCUGACCAGGCUGGUGUCGGUGCCGACCAGCUCGUCGAGCUCAUCCGUCACCAGCACGCUUCCCCCGCCCUCGUGCGCUACUCGGAGCGUAUCACCAAGAACAAGUUUGACGCCACUGGCGGCUUCAACCUUGCAGGCGGUAUGGCGGAUGCCCACCACAUUCGCCAGCUGGCCGACUCGCACAAUGUCCCCAUGCCCACGAUCGACGUCGCCCACCAGCACAUGAUCUCGGCGCGUGCCACUGGCGGCGACAAGAUGGACUGGACCGCGCUCGUGGGCGGUCAGCGUAUCGCCGCUGGACUGAAGCCGUUUGCAGGCAAGACCCGUCUCGAGAAGUGGGAGGAGCACGACAACCUCUCGUAG